AUGUUCUCGGUCCUGUCGUACGGGCGGCUGGUGGCCCGCGCCGUGCUCGGCGGCCUCUCGCAGACCGACCCGCGGGCCGGCGGCGGCGGCGGCGGCGACUACGGGCUGGUGACGGCCGGCUGCGGCUUCGGCAAGGACUUCCGUAAGGGCCUCCUCAAGAAGGGCGCGUGCUACGGGGACGACGCGUGCUUCGUGGCCCGCCACCGCUCGGCCGACGUGCUCGGAGUUGCAGAUGGUGUUGGAGGAUGGAGAGACUACGGCGUUGACCCAUCUCAGUUCUCAGGGACUUUAAUGCGGACAUGUGAACGUUUGGUGAAAGAAGGACGGUUUGUUCCGAGUAACCCCAUUGGAAUCCUCACAACCAGCUACUGUGAGCUGCUGCAAAAUAAAGUCCCCUUGCUUGGUAGCAGCACCGCCUGCAUCGUGAUCCUGGACAGAACCAGCCACCGCUUACACACAGCAAACCUGGGUGAUUCGGGCUUCCUGGUGGUCCGCGGCGGCGAAGUCGUGCACCGCUCGGACGAGCAGCAGCACUACUUCAACACUCCCUUCCAGCUGUCCAUCGCGCCCCCCGAAGCCGAAGGCGUUGUCCUGAGCGACAGCCCAGAAGCAGCUGAUAGCACAUCUUUUGAUGUCCAGCUGGGAGACAUUAUCCUGACAGCAACAGAUGGACUCUUUGACAACAUGCCUGAUUACAUGAUCCUUCAGGAGCUCAAAAAGUUAAAGAAUUCCAAUUACGAGAGUAUACAGCAGACGGCGAGGAGUAUUGCUGAGCAAGCUCACGAGCUGGCCUAUGACCCAAACUAUAUGUCACCUUUUGCACAAUUUGCAUGCGACAACGGGCUUAAUGUGAGAGGUGGAAAGCCAGAUGACAUCACCGUCCUUCUGUCGAUCGUGGCCGAGUACACAGACUGA